UGUCCUAUAUCUGUACCAAGCACAGCCACGCCAUGGAAUCCGUGAUUGGCCUCCAUUUUUCCACCCUCCCCAGUCCUUCCGUUCGGAUGCCUUCUGGCUUCCAUGCUGCAAGAGCUACGAAACCCCAUUUAAGGCUAAGCCAUUCUUCUCUUUCACUCCCUCAGAGUUCUGGGGGCCGCCCACUUGACCACAUUAUUGGUCCUAUAUCUUGCAUGGUAGAUGGUUCACUGCCUCCUAUUCAUAACAGAGAUCACAGAGGAGCAGCAAAUGUGCCUUGGGCCUCUCGUUUUCUCAGGAACGUCGGUUGGGGCAACAGGUCAAACCACAAAGCCAAAGCAGGGUCGGAUGGUGGGAGCCUUCAAUCGGAAAAUGCUAAACAGCUUUUCGACAUGGAAAAACUGGUGCUGCUGUUUCAGCCUGUUAAUUUUGCCAAACUCCACAAUCAAAUUAUUGACACAGUAAACGAGCUCAACUCUUCUCAGAAGUAUAAUUUAGCUCUGGAACUACUGAAGGCAUAUGAACCAUAUGUCUCAAAUGAACAGUCUCUUUCCUAUUUCAGAUUACAUAUGAUAAAAACUCUCUGCUAUCAAGAAAAAUACCAAGAAGCCGCCAACUAUUGGAUACAACUUUAUGAUAUGGAGAACUGUCGACAAAUCCUGCAUCAGUUGCCUUCCAAGAUGAAGCCAUUUAUAUGGAACGAGUUGAAGAAUCCAAGAGACAAAUUCGAUGAGUUUUACAAAGAGAAAGAUCAAUCGACGCUACCCAACAUGUCUGACCUCGAGAAUCAAGAGAUUUGAAGAAAAUGAAAAUAUAGUUUUAGUGCUCUUUACUUCUAUUAAUUAAUAAGAUAUGGGAUAACUAUAUUCUUUUGUAUUUGGGUUUUGGUGUUUCAACUUUUUGUGUUUAAUAAUUUUCAUCAAAGUAUCCAA